AUGUCAAAAAAUUCAACUCCAAAGAUGCAGAUCAAAAAGUUUGUUCAGAAACUUGAACUCAAUAAACUUGAAUAUUACGAGCCAUUGAAAGUAGAGGAUAUAAAGAAAUUUUAUGAAUUUGUUGGACCCGAUUUCGAGUGGCCUUCUACAAGUCGUAUCAGUGAGCGCCGUGCUAUAUAUGAUUACAUUAAUAAUCCUGUUAGUGGUUAUGGACAUAAGUUAUCUGGAGAGGAAUAUCUUGAACUCGAAAAGAAAAAUCCUGGUAUGUUGUAUGCUCCUAUCAAACAAAUGACAGUUGUCAUCAGAUUCUCUUCGACCGCAAGUGUGACAUUGAAGGAAUGGCAGGUGCAUAUGCGAAUUCGAAGAAAGAGUGAUUCUAAUAAUGAAGUUGCAACAAUGGCCAAUGUUGAUCGGGACACGAAUAAUCGAAACUUUCGGCUUUUAAUUGAUUCAGGAUCAACAAUGACCAUUAUACCACACUUCAUAAGAGAGAGGAUGAAUAACGAUUAUGGUUGGAGUAAAUUCCCAAUCCGUUCCAGUGGUUAUGGGGAAAAUGUGGAAAUUUAUAAGGCUAAUUCCGUGGGAAGUCUCAUUAGGUGA